AUGAGAGAAGGAACCAGUUGGAUCAAUGGCUGUGUAUCGACAUACUCAUAUCAUUCUGCUCCUGUGCCCAUUAUUCUGAAAGUUGUGGAUCGCAAGCUACCUAAUUUAGAGAUGUUACGAGUUGUGGUAGACACCUUCCACGCCGACAUUAAUAUCCAAGUGUACAAGAACACCUACACGCGUGGCCAGUACCGCGACAAUCAGCCGAUUCGCAGUGCACUACACACGUUAGCAGAAGGGCAACAUUGGUGGAAUACGGAUGCCAUGCGGUUUCUGCUCCAGCGUGGUGCGAACCUCGACAUACGGAAUCCUAAGGGCGAAACCCCAUUGCACAUUGCGGUAAAAGGGGGAGGGAUAUCGGCAAUUUGCCAAAUGGUCCUGCUGCUUGUCCAGUAUGGGGCUGACCCUGCGUUGGGAGAGCAUCCUGUACUAUACACUGCCAUCCUAAGCCAGGACGUUGAGACUGUUCGUGUCAUUAUUGAGGCGGGCUUCGACUGUCAGAAACCAUUCAAAGAGCAUCUUCCAGAGCUCCUUGACGAAGACGACAGCGAUGAUGACCUAGGGAGAGGUCGCUUUAGCCGGGGGUCUAAGCCGCGUAGUAUGCGAAGGCAAAAAGAGGAAGGCGACCGCAAUGAUUUGCUAUCUCGACCUCUCCAUUUCGCGUGUAGUUCCAGGUUCAAUAAUGCGGCUGAGAGAUACAAGGCUGUGGCUAUUGUGGAGCUCCUUCUCGCUCAAGCAUGCAGCCCUUUUCUUUCCUGUCAAGAAGGGACGACGAUAAUUCAUAAUGUCAUACAUCAAGGAGGUAUUCUAGAACCACUUCUGGACCUACCGGACCUCAAUCUCGAGUACCGGAAUGAGCAGGGACGGACACUGCUACUGGCGGCUUGCCAGGAGGAGAACCGAACUGCUUGGUUUGUCAAGCGAUUCGAUAAUCUUGAGAAGUAUCCACUGCCUUCCGUUCGUAGACCGCAGGUUAUCCGUCAGCUGUGUCGCAUGUUCUCAUUUCCGGAAGUGACAAAUAUGACCACGCAGAAAAUGCGUCUCUGGUGUCGCACUUUGCUAGCCAAUGCCAGAAUCUAUGGCUAUGAACCCUUCCAUCUCGCCGCCAAAGGACGAAUUAUCGGUAUGCUCCAACCGUUGCUGGGCGCAGGGGCAAAUUCUCGAGAGGUAGAACCAGAUGGCAACCCUGUGCUUCAUCAUCUCGCUAUUGCUAUACAAAAGGAUCGUGUAGGACAUACAGCAUCAAUCAUCGAUAGUUUCCUCCGCCUGGGAGUAGACAUAAACGCAAAGAACAAGGCUGGCGAAUCUCCAUUAUUCAGCUAUGUUGGCGCAGGGUCUUAUGAAACCUCGCUUCCCGUUUCAUCGUACGGUAGGAAAGCGGAUGGCGCCGUGAUAAAAAGCUUCCUGGAGGGUGGGGCAAACCUAUUUACGCAGAAUAAUGAGGGCGAGAACUUGUUACAUGUCGCAGCCAAGCUACAGUGUUCCCAUGUUGGCUUCCCAUCCAUCUUUGCAGGCGACGAGCGUUACGUCGACCCUUUUAAAUAUCUAAUGGAGUUGGGUUUGGAUCCGUUUCAAGAGGAUAACAAGCAACGGACUACUGUGGAUGUUGCUGCCGCAUAUGGUAACGAGGCUAUUCUCGCUCUGUCCCAGAAGAAGUAA